AUGCCACCGGAUUUCCACAAAGUUGCCCAGGAGAGCUGUCAUCAAAUUGUGGAUAUCAUUUCUGAAAAGAAUAACGGUUACUGCGCUCAGGGGAUCCGAUCCGACUUCCUGCUCCUACGCAUCUCGCCUCCUAUCACUUAUUCAACCAAAACCCGAGCCAUUGGUCUACACUGUUCACCUAGGGUGCCUGAACAGCUAGCCGCCCUCGGCUUCCACCUGCCUGGUCGCAACUACGGAUUCAUCAAUGAGGCCGUUGUCAAUGUAAAACGUGGGGAACACCGUUAUCUGAUAGCCCUCAAUAACGACAUCCCCUCCAACUCUGUGGGCCCGUUGGUUAGUCGCGAGCCGCGUCCUCGCCUCUUUGGUAUGUACUCGCACCGGUAUGGCACACGAUCCUACUUCAAGUCUCUCGACAGCACCAGCUGCAACUGGAUCAACCGUCACAUCAAGAUGGAGGAGACAAUGAGGAGAGUAUAG